ACAGCUGGGCCGCCCCCACCCCCAUCUCACUGCUCCCCCCCCCCCCCCACCCAUGGGUGCUGGGCUCCCGCAUCCCCGGCGUUGCUGUGGCAACCGCAGCCCACGGGGUGGGGGGGGGGGUGGGGGGGUGGGCAGCCGGACGCCUGGGUCCUCUCCCGGAUGCCUGGGUCCUCUGCCAGACGCCUGGGUCCUCUGCUGGACGCCUGGGUCCUCACCCGGACGCCUGGGUCCCCUCCCGGAUGCCAGGGUCCUCUCCAGGGUGAUGGGGUUCCCCUCCUAAAUGCCUGGUCCCCUCCCGAACGCCUGGGUCCCCCCCCAGGCCUCCCACGGUGGAGGAUGCACAAGGCCCCGGACGCCUGGGUCCCCUCCCGAACGCCUGGGUCCACCCGAAUGCCUGGGUCCCCAGCUUGAGGUCUAGGGGAGGCAGGGGGCGCUGCCGCCACAUGCACGUGACCGCUGCGGUGCUGGCGCUGGUGACGGUGACGUCGGUGCCGCUGCUGCAGGCGCUGGGCCGGCGGCUGCUGAGCAUGGCCGCCCCUCCCCCCGCUGACCCCGCUGACCUCGCGGCCGCUUUUGUCACCUGCCCCAACGAGACCGUGGCCAAAGAGCUGGCGCGGGCGAUGGUGGAGAAACGUUUGGCCGCGUGUGUCAACAUCCUGCCCCACGUCACCUCCAUUGUCCCCACAAUGUCCCCGGGGUGUCCCCAACGUCCCCACGGUGUCCCCAAUGUCCCCCAGAUGAUCAAGACCCGCAGCUCCCGGGGUCCCGGCGCUGGCGGCGUUUGUGCGGGCCGCCGCUGUGGGGACAAGUGACACCAGGGACCUGGU